AUGUCGCAACCUGCACCUAUUGCCCCUUCUGUGGUUAUAAAUACUGCAAACAGGAGACAGCAAGUACCAUUGAGAGACUACUUGAACACAAGAGUGGCGCCGUUCUUGAAGAAGGCCGUUACAGAGAGCUUGGGUGUUGAAGCAGAGUUUCCACUCCAGUGGCUGGGAGAAUGUCUGAUUCACCAAUCAAUUCUCUACGAAGGGAACCCGGACCGAACAAACAUUCGCGAAAGAUUCCUCUAUACAUUCGAGGAUCCCAAACCUCAAGAGGAACCGACACCAGCACCAGCACAACCAGAGCCUGUCGAAGCGACACAGCAAACAGAUGCUCAGGAGCGUCCAGAGGUUGUGAUGAAUGAUUCAACCGAGGGGGCAGUGGAGGCUCCUCCAGCACCUCAAGAACUAGCGCCACAGCCCGCUCCCGUGACGGAAGCAACUGCAGUCAACGGCGUGAAAGAUGAUGGCGAUGCGACAGAAGCGCAGCAUGUUCCAAGAGAUGGUGAUACCGAAAUGGGAGGGACGACCUGA